AUGGCCCCCUUCGAGCACGAGGCAGGGAGAUUGGCAGAUGCGCCUGCGGAAGCUAUACCACAAGCAAAUUCACAGGCCAAAAUCCCUUUACCACAGGACAAUCUCUAUCAAGAUGCGGCACAAGACACAACCUCCCGCCAGCUCACGUUCCUUAAACGACACUUUACCAAGCCUGUAACACUUGACCUCGAUACAACAACCGACUCUGCUCAUCACAUCGACAACAAACGACAGUUCUCGGUCACAUCCAGAGGCUUUAUUAUAUCAUCCUCCGCCAUGAUACUUGCUCUCAUUGCAGCUAUCGUGGUCGCCGGAGUGCUCGGAACCCGGGCACAAGGUCAUCGCACUCCGAAUGGAGGGGAUCCUCGACUAAUCAUUCCACCUCACACGCCGGGAUCAUCACCAAUCCGAUCCGCCAUAUAUGCAAACUUUCCAGAUCCCGCCCUUUGGUGCGACAACGGCACGUGGUACGCAUACGCGAGCAACAACGCAGCUGGUAUCAAGCAGCUGCAGAAUGCCAACGCCAGCAAGAACACUGUCGCAUUUGGAGAGGCUCAUGUUCAGAUGGCCACCUCGGAUGACUUCCUCAACUGGACCAUCUCCUCCAUUCCCCACGAGCCGCUCCCAGCGGUUGGCACGUGGUCUCAAAGGCUGAAUCAACCAAGACUCGGCCGAGCACCACUGAGUGGAACAUGGGCUCCUGGUGUUAUACGCCGCGCGGAUGGGAAACUCGUAAUGUACUAUGCUUCCCCGUGGGGUGGCUUGAAUCCUCGCCCAAAGCACCCACAUCCGCAUUGUGUGGGAGCUGCGGUCUCCACGGGCGACUCGCCAAGUGGACCCUACGAGGCUGUGGAGGAAGCAUUGGCAUGUCCCAUAGAAGUUGGGGGCGCCAUCGACCCAGAAGCCUACUCGGAGGGCGACACAAUCUGGGUUGUGUACAAAGUCGAUGGUAACAACGUGGGAAAUGGAGGCGAAUGCGGUAAUAUGGUGAAGCCGAUUCAGCCCACGCCCAUCAUGCUGCAGAAGAUGAUGGCUGACGGCAUCACUCGAGACGGCGAGCCGGUCCAGAUAUUGGAUCGCAUCGCCAGUGAUGGGCCGCUCGUGGAAGCGCCCAUGAUCGUUCGUUCCGCUCAGGGAAUCUACUUUCUCUUUUUCUCUUCGGUCUGCACCCGAGAUUCAACUUACGCAGUCAAAUACGCCACGUCGGAGAAUCUGGCAGGGCCAUACAAGCGUGCCCACGCCACACUGCUCAUGACUGGUGAUUGGGGUCUUGAGGCCCCAGGCUCUGUCGGAAUUCACGACGAUGGCAAUGGUGGGUGGAACAUGGCAUUUCACGCCCGAGUCAACGAUACAAAGCUCGGCGGUAUUAGAGCCAUGUUCACURCGAAGCUCGAGUUGGAUGGGAGGGUUGCAACGAUGGUUCAGGACAGGUCAACGAGGGAUUAG